UGAACUAUUUUAAAGACACGCAGCCCAGUCGACAAACCCACAAAGGCUCCUGAGAUUUCUAAUCCUCUUCUUCUUCCUCCAGCCUACCCCUCUUCUUCCCCGAUCCCUCCCCCAAAUUCGUCGCCUUCCACUUCCCGGUCUUUUGUUCCUCACAAGUUCGUGGCACCAACAGGACGCAACAAGCCAGCCCCACUGGUACCGCACUGCCGUGGAUCGACCCUUCUUCCUCUUCUGCCGGUCAUCCUAAUUCCGUCCGGCGCGAGAUCGAUCCCCUCAGGGCGCGGCGCGCAGGUGCGGGAGCGGCUUAUUUCCAAGAAUUUUAUCUUUGGUUGCUAGCAAGAGACGGAUAAGAUGAAGCGCAAGCGCGGCAGCACGCGGGGCAAGAAGAGUUCUUCGAAUACCACCGGGGGAGACUCUUCGUCGGCAUCUCCGUCCAGCCCAAGCACCGAAGAGAACAUCCCAGCGGAGAAUGCGCCAGUCUCGAGGUCCACUCCGGCAGUGCCUGAACCAUCUCCUCCUCCUGAGCCGGAGAAGCCGAGCGUCCCUGCCCCAGCUCCGGUUCAUCCCGCCGCUGAUAUACCGUACGCCAAGCCCAAGGUGGGGGCAGUAUACGGUCGUGUGAAGCUGAAGUUCAAAACCUCCAAGGCGUCGGAGCUCAACAAUAGUUCGUCGGUAGCACAGGCACCCGCUGAUGCUGGUAAAUCUCAGACUGCUGCCCCUGAAGUGAGCAAGCAAGUUACUGCCGAAAUAGGUAUCGCUGCAUCGUCAACUGGCCAGACAACUGAUAGGCAGGAGACGGAGUUGAGUGGUUCUGAUAAGGACAAGGCGGCAAAGAAAGCAGGAAGCAUAAAGUUCGUGUCCGCGGGAUUAUCUUCUUCAGCACAAGAUAACACCCAGGACAGGGAAGUUGAUGAAGUACAUGAACCUCUUCCAAGUAAGCAGGAAACUCUUUUAGGAACCGAGGAAAGUGAGAGUGCAUCGGAGCCAAAGAACUCACAAGGGUCAGAGAUAAAGCAGUCUACCCUGGAAUCUCAGCGCGAUGAGAAAGAGUUAGCUGCUGCACUUGAAGCUAUUAAGAAGGUUAUGAAGGUCGACGCAGCUGAGCCAUUUAACACCCCAGUGGAUCCUAUUGCUUUGGGAAUACCUGAUUAUCUUGAUGUUAUCGACACUCCUAUGGAUUUUGGCACAAUAUGUCAAGAUUUAGAACGUGGAAGCAAAUAUAUGAACUCAGAGGAUGUCUAUAAGGACGUGCAGUUUAUAUGGGAUAAUUGUACCAAGUAUAACAGUAAAGGUGAUUACAUAAUAGAGCUUAUGAAACGGGUAAAGAAGGCCUUCAUGAAAAAUUGGCUGGCAGCAGGCUUGUAUUCUGAUGUGCAUGAGAAUGGUGGCAAUUACAAUACUGGUGAUGAGGAUACCAAAGUUAGUUCAAAAAGCAAGUCUAAGCAGAAACGGCGUCGCCCAGGGAAUGAUCGACACAAAAAUGAUUGUGCAUGUGCUGUUUGUCAAGUUACACGGCGUAAGAAGGAAAGGGAUGAAAUUUUAUCUGUUGAUAAUGAAGUCACUGUAGUGAACAUUUCUGAAGAGCGCAACAUGGAGGUAAACUUCGGUGAUAAUAAUCCUGGUAGUCAUGACACAGCCUCUAGUAAGGAGCAACCACGCCAUAUUGAUGUGUUUAAAACAACAAUGGAAGCAGAUGAUACGCAGACUCAGAUGGAAGAUCCUGGAAAAUCCCUCAAUAAUCCAUCUCCUGACUAUGAAGAUGAGGUCUCCAGACAGUAUUCCGAGGAUAAGGAAGAGGAGUAUAAAGAUCUGAACAGUCAGGACGAACAUACUUCCACUCAGCCUAAUGAUGACUCAGUAGCUGGACAUCAUGAACAGAAGGCACAGACUGAAAUUGUCCAGGAGGUGGAAAUGGAGGAUUUGCCCAUUCAACAGGAGAACGAGUCAUUCUUGCAAGUCUGCGCGCGCCUUUUCCCCAGCAAGCAGGGCUCCGUUUUCAGGGGUCGUCAUUCUCUGUUCCGUCAGCAGCGCCGUUUGGUGGCACCAAAGGAGAGCCCCCUACAUGCCGCCCUGACAGCGAUAAUGAAACGGUAGAAAAAAAAUUCCAUGAGCGGGUUUCUUGUGAGAGAAGCUCCAAGCAGCAGCAUCACGACUCGGGGAAAUCUCUUCCCUGAAGACAUGGAAGCUGGUUGGAAUAUCGCUGAUGACGCUCGGGUACGGAAUUAGUUGGAGGAUACCUGUCUAGGAAGAAUUCUCUUGGUGUAGACUUGAAUUUUGUAUGCGAGUAUCACAUGUCGUCAGUGUCUCUCUCUCAUUGCUUGCCGGCCUGGCAUAGGGUUGUCCCCAAGCCUAUAAUUCCAUUCUCAAGGGAGGCUUUUAAAGUAGUGUUUUGAGCUGAUUCUUCCGGCCAACUGCUACCUGACUCUUCUUGAGUUUGCUUGCUCAGGCCCAAAACAAAAUGCUAAAAAGUUUGAUUGGGAUUGGGACUGGGAUGCAUACAUGAUUCAUGAUUGAA